AUGGCGCGAAACACAACGAAACCCGCGGAGAACGAGCCUCUCCCACCUGCCCCGCCCCGGGUCCGCAACAGCCAAUCCGCGGCAGUGGCCGCUACCACCAGGCCUCAGAGCCCAGGGGUAAACCACGGAGAGCAAGGGUGGGCGGCGGGUUGCAAACGAAGCCGUAGGGCCAAAGGAGAGGCGGAAUGCGCUUCGACCAGAGUUCGACCCCAGGGCUGUAGCCGGAAAGGGGAGCAGGAAAGCGCGCAGGGAGAAGCGGGCGGAGGCCGAAGGCUGUCGAGUAUCCACUCCCUGCGGGGCUUCGUCCCGGCCGGAGACCUCCGCCACCCCCGCGUCACCAACGGGAGCGCGCGCCCCGACAGCCCGAAAGCCGCAUCUUUUCGACGCCGGGUCCUAGCGCCCGCUCGCGCCCUCGGAGACACAUUCCCGAACCUAUUUGUCUUCUCCCUUCUUCCCCACUACGCUCACACUCUUCUCCAGGUUCCCUCAUUAAGGGCAGCUCUCUACCUGGCGGUCUCGCGGUUCCUUAACUGCUCACCCCCAUCUCCCUUUAGUGUGGUUCUCCCCACCCGUACCACAACUUCCCUCACGCUACUCGACACGCCUCCUUCGCCCUCCGCCCAGGCGCGCGCUCUCCACCUGGUGCGUACGGAGAUCGAACCCUCUCCUCCGAACCCCUCCUUUCGCCUUCCCCGCCCCCUCCCCUCCGCCUCGAGCACCGCGCGCGCGCAUUCGGUCCCAGCCACCGCUAACACUAGAAGCUGCUUACCCCCGCCCCCUCCACCCUACUCCUGGCGGCCUCAGGCGACGCCGAGUGAGGCUGAGGCUGGGGGCGAAUCGCCGCAGAGCUGCGUGUCGGCGGCGCAUUCUGAUUGGACAGCGGGGAAGCCCGUCAGCCUGUUGGCCCCGCUGAUCCCGCCCCGUAGCGCAGGGCAGCCUUUAACCUUUAGCCCCAGUGGGCGCCAGCCACUCAGAUCGCUUCUUGUUGGUAUGUGUAGCGGCAGUGGCCGCCGGCGGAGCAGUCUGAGCCCGACGAUGAGGCCGGGGACGGGAGCUGAGCGUGGAGGCCUCAUGGUGAGUGAAAUGGAGAGCCAUCCUCCCUCGCAGGGUCCUGGGGACGGGGAGCGGAGAUUGUCCGGCUCAAGCCUCUGCUCCGGCUCUUGGGUCUCUGCUGACGGCUUCCUGAGGAGACGGCCCUCGAUGGGGCACCCUGGCAUGCAUUAUGCCCCAAUGGGAAUGCACCCUAUGGGUCAGAGAGCGAAUAUGCCUCCUGUACCUCAUGGAAUGAUGCCGCAGAUGAUGCCCCCUAUGGGAGGGCCACCAAUGGGACAAAUGCCUGGAAUGAUGUCGUCAGUAAUGCCUGGAAUGAUGAUGUCUCAUAUGUCUCAGGCUUCCAUGCAGCCUGCCUUACCGCCAGGAGUAAAUAGUAUGGAUGUAGCAGCAGGUACAGCAUCUGGUGCAAAAUCAAUGUGGACUGAACAUAAAUCACCUGAUGGAAGGACUUACUACUACAACACUGAAACCAAACAGUCUACCUGGGAGAAACCAGAUGAUCUUAAAACACCUGCUGAGCAACUCUUAUCUAAAUGCCCCUGGAAGGAAUACAAAUCAGAUUCUGGAAAGCCUUACUAUUAUAAUUCUCAAACAAAAGAAUCUCGCUGGGCCAAACCUAAAGAACUUGAGGAUCUUGAAGGAUACCAGAAUACCAUUGUUGCUGGAAGUCUUAUUACAAAAUCAAACCUGCAUGCAAUGAUCAAAGCUGAAGAAAGCAGUAAGCAAGAAGAGUGCACCACAACAUCAACAGCCCCAGUCCCUACAACAGAAAUUCCGACCACAAUGAGCACCAUGGCUGCUGCAGAAGCAGCAGCUGCUGUUGUUGCAGCAGCAGCGGCGGCGGCAGCAGCAGCAGCUGCAGCCAAUGCUAAUGCUUCCACUUCUACUUCUAAUACUGUCAGUGGAACUGUUCCAGUUGUUCCUGAGCCUGAAGUUACUUCCAUUGUUGCUACUGUUGUAGAUAAUGAGAAUACAGUAACUAUUUCAACUGAGGAACAAGCACAACUUACUAGUACCCCUGCUAUUCAGGAUCAAAGUGUGGAAGUAUCCAGUAAUACUGGAGAAGAAACAUCUAAGCAAGAAACUGUAGCUGAUUUUACUCCCAAAAAAGAAGAGGAGGAGAGCCAACCAGCAAAGAAAACAUACACUUGGAAUACAAAGGAAGAGGCAAAGCAAGCUUUUAAAGAAUUAUUGAAAGAAAAGCGGGUACCAUCGAAUGCUUCAUGGGAGCAGGCUAUGAAAAUGAUUAUUAAUGAUCCACGAUACAGUGCUUUGGCAAAGUUAAGUGAAAAAAAGCAAGCCUUUAAUGCCUAUAAAGUCCAGACAGAAAAAGAAGAAAAAGAAGAAGCAAGAUCAAAGUACAAAGAGGCUAAGGAAUCCUUUCAGCGUUUUCUUGAAAAUCAUGAGAAAAUGACUUCUACAACCAGAUACAAAAAAGCAGAGCAAAUGUUUGGAGAGAUGGAAGUUUGGAAUGCAAUAUCAGAACGUGAUCGUCUUGAAAUCUAUGAAGAUGUUUUGUUCUUUCUUUCAAAAAAAGAAAAGGAACAAGCAAAGCAGUUGCGAAAGAGAAAUUGGGAAGCCUUAAAAAACAUACUUGACAACAUGGCUAAUGUAACAUACUCUACCACUUGGUCUGAAGCCCAGCAGUAUCUGAUGGAUAAUCCAACUUUUGCAGAAGAUGAGGAGUUACAAAAUAUGGACAAAGAAGAUGCAUUAAUUUGCUUUGAAGAACACAUUCGGGCUUUAGAAAAGGAGGAAGAAGAAGAAAAACAGAAGAGUUUGCUGAGAGAAAGGAGACGACAGCGAAAAAAUAGGGAAUCUUUCCAGAUAUUUUUAGAUGAAUUACAUGAACAUGGACAACUACAUUCUAUGUCAUCUUGGAUGGAAUUGUAUCCAACUAUUAGUUCUGAUAUUAGAUUCACUAAUAUGCUUGGUCAGCCUGUUUUUUCAUUAGGAUCAACUGCACUUGAUCUUUUCAAGUUUUAUGUUGAGGAUCUUAAAGCACGUUAUCAUGACGAGAAGAAGAUAAUAAAAGACAUUCUAAAGGAUAAAGGAUUUGUAGUUGAAGUAAAUACUACUUUUGAAGAUUUUGUGGCGAUAAUCAGUUCAACUAAAAGAUCAACUACAUUAGAUGCUGGAAAUAUCAAAUUGGCUUUCAAUAGUUUACUAGAAAAGGCAGAAGCCCGUGAACGUGAAAGAGAAAAAGAAGAGGCUCGGAAGAUGAAACGAAAAGAAUCUGCAUUUAAGAGUAUGUUAAAACAAGCUGCUCCUCCGAUAGAAUUGGAUGCUGUCUGGGAAGAUAUCCGUGAGAGAUUUGUAAAAGAGCCAGCAUUUGAGGACAUAACUCUAGAAUCUGAAAGAAAACGAAUAUUUAAAGAUUUUAUGCAUGUGCUUGAGCAUGAAUGUCAGCAUCAUCAUUCAAAGAACAAGAAACAUUCUAAGAAAUCUAAAAAACAUCAUAGGAAACGUUCCCGCUCUCGAUCGGGGUCAGAUUCAGAUGAUGAUGAUAGCCAUUCAAAGAAAAAAAGACAACGAUCAGAGUCUCGUUCUGCUUCAGAACAUUCUUCUAGUGCAGAGUCUGAGAGAAGUUAUAAAAAGUCAAAAAAGCAUAAGAAGAAAAGUAAGAAGAGGAGACAUAAAUCUGACUCUCCAGAAUCCGAUGCUGAGCGAGAGAAGGAUAAAAAAGAAAAAGAUCGGGAAAGUGAAAAAGACAGAACUAGACAAAGAUCAGAAUCAAAACACAAAUCGCCUAAGAAAAAGACUGGAAAGGAUUCUGGUAAUUGGGAUACUUCUGGCAGCGAACUGAGUGAAGGGGAAUUGGAAAAGCGCAGAAGAACCCUUUUGGAGCAACUGGAUGAUGAUCAAUAAAUUAUACCAAAUAUAUGUUUACAGUAUGAUUUAAAGUCUGAUUCAGACCAGGGACUCUAUUUUAAGUUCAACUGAAAUAACACUGGGUUUUAAUUAUAUCACAGGAAAAAAAAAAGUGCAUUUAAGUAUUGUUAUCGUGGACUUUAUAAAAGCAAAGGAAAUUGAAAAUAACUUUUGAUUCUGUAUCAAGAAUCAUAUUUUCAUACAGUCAUAACUGUCUGUGACCCUUUCACAGGGCACUGUAGGAUGGAUUAAAGGUGGCAAUUUACUGAUAACUGCAGAUGUCUCUACUUUGUUCUAAAAUCUAAGUCAUGAGGUGAUUUGAUUUACUUUAUAGAAGCUGGAUUUUGAAGAUCUAAUGAAAAAUUUUUUGAUAAUAUAGUAGUACAAAAAAAGCACCAGCAACUGAUAAAAACUGCUUUUUUGUGCGCUACCCAACUGGUUAAAGCCAAUGUGAUCUUUUAUGGUGAAACUCCUAAGAAACAGGUGGUUUUGCUGGAAACUUGGUAGACCCUUAAUUAUAGUGGUGCUAAUGAGCACUACUGUAAUAUAAAGCCACCAUUAUUUUUUAUCAAACAUCUGAAUACAUUUUACAAAGGCUAUUGUGAGGGCAUUAUUUUGAGCAUCUAUUUUGAGGUGAUGUUUUAAAAAACUUUAACAUCAAAUCAAAUUGUAAAUUAAUUUAAAUAUAUUGCCUUAAGGACCUACUAAAGAAUGUGCCACCAGACUUUAAGUGAUAGUUGCAAUAUCCUUGUCUAAAAAAAAAAAAAAGUUGACUUAAACAUUUUCUUUAACAGUUGUCUUUUUUUUCUAAAUUCAGUCUUUCUCUUGCUUUUUUUUCCCCGCUAUUGAGGAAGUAUUUUGCCUUCCCUACUCACUGAGAAGUAUUGACUUCGUGGUACACAUUCUAAAGCAUUUCUGAUUUGAAUAUUUUUGUACAUUUUUAUCAAUUAUUAAACCUUCUCUUCUAGUGUG